AUGCAGCGAGCCUGCAGUCGUUUUGCAAACGCUCCUGGAUCCAAGAGGGGCGGCUUCCUGAAACAAGACUUGUACGAGCAUUUUCGGGCAAAAGUGACGACAAUCACAACAGACAGCGCCGCAGAUGAAGUUUUGGCUUCGGAACUCAUGCGGUCGACUGUCACAGGGAUUGAAAAGAUUACGCCCAAUCUUCGGUUUGUCUUACGGGACAAAGCCCAUGCGUCUCGGCGGGUCACUAGCAGGCCUUGGCAAUGCGACGACUUCUUGAAGGAGACGCUGACUCGCAUGGCUGGGGGUAAAGGCUCCGUUGCAAGGCUGGUUCAGCACAGCCCUGAGAUCAAGAGGAUCUUUGUCGAGUACUGCAAAGAGACGGCGAGUGUGGCUACUACGGUCACCAAUUUUCGAGCCGCCCAGCACCGUUUCGAAUCGUAUUCGAAACCGCUUGGCAGAAGCUGCUUGCACCUGCACGCUUGUGUGAAGACCUGUUUGUAUUUGAUGCGUGCUCGAAAUGACCAAGCGGCGACGCACGCCAAAGCUUGGCUGCUGUGGUUGUCAGAUGAACACGCCAUCCAGGCGGCUAUGCUUGCGGACGCCGCAGACUGCAGUAUGCAGCUGACAAGAUCAAUGGAUGUGGAGGACUUGGACCCUGCGAGCAUCAGUGCAGAACUUAUCGUUUACCGCCAGCAAAUUCGUGCUCUGUUUGUCGACGGCGAAUGCUUCAACCGCUUCGGGUACACCAAGACGAUGCUGGACAUGCUUUCCGAGCCUUGUGUAUACCAAGUUGGGCGCGCCACCUGUUGUAUUGGCUCUGCCACGGGUGUGCCACAGCAAACCCAAAUGUCAUGCUUAAAGCGCAUGCAAGCAUGGGUCGCCUUGGCAGAAGCUACAUUGGCAGCUGAAUUCCCAUGCUGGGAGCUGAUGCAGGCUUUUGGUUGCUUCGAUCUACGUGGCCGCCUCCCAAAUACUGAGGAAUGCCUCUCCAGAAUUGCUCGGAGUUGCAGCCUGGACGAGAAGUUGCUCAUAGCUCAAUUUCAGGAUGUCCACCCACGGGCUCAAAUGGAGUUCAAGGAGACCUCCAGGAAGGCUGGAGACAACCAGGCCGCUUGGGCGGCGAUAAUUGCCAAGUUGUCUAGCCGGAAGAGAGCGCGCGACGCUCACCCUGUAGAUGUGCUGCGCCAAGCCCUUGUUCACUACCUAGUUUUUGGUGGCUCCACCAGCGGAGUCGAGCAAGGCUUCAGCAAGGCAGCUUGGGCUGUACAUAGCCGCCGGCAUCAGGCAAAAGCAAGCACGGAAGAUCUUGCUGUCAAAGUCACUCUGGACAAUCGUUGUUACGAUGAACGCGCGCUUCUACCGCUUGCUCGCAAGUGUUGGUCUGUCUGUUAUGGCGCACCUCGCGUCCAUGAUGUCCACAGAAUCGACAAAGGCGUGACAAAACUACUGCAGGACGAAGAUGGCGCUCAUGGCAAAAGCGAGGCUGCGUUUAUCAGAAAACGGCGUAAAGCUGCUGCUUCGGCAGGCGCCAACCAGUCCUUAGAUUCCGAGGUGAAUACGCAAGAGUUAGACAUUGUUUGGACGGAGAAACACGACGCCGAGAAGCUUUUUUUGCGAAAGAAAAUGAAAUGCCGAAGAGUUCAAGCCUUUGCAGAAAAGUCUUUGCUGGACGAUGAAAUUACGCCGGAGUUGCUAGCAGAUCGUGAGGCCUGUGCGCAGAAGCUUGAAAAGAACGAAGCCGACCGAGUGACGAAAAAGUUGCGGACGCAAGCAAAAAUGGGCUGCUGCUCAAGUGAUGCUUUAGCUUUUCUGGGAAGCGGGUGUGUCUACAUGGCUGUUACGGCUAUGGCUGCUCCGGCCUUGGCUGACUUGCAGCUUGCCAUCGCCCGACAUGGCUUGCGAGUAACAACAGCGCCGAAAGAUGCCGUUGCUAUUGUUUGCGAUCGACCAGGUCGCCUUGCAGAUAAAAGGCUGCGGUUGCUUUCAGCGUUGCUGGGAUGGUACGAGAUGUCGCCCACAUGUUUCACUGGCGAUGGAAAUGGCGCAGCUUUGAAGCUUAAAUGCGCAUGCGACUUGCAAAGGGUUUUGAUAGUCUCCCAUCGCUGCGCAACUCCUCACGUGCUGCUUUCGGCCUUGGGCUGCUUCGGCCCAAUGUCGGCGCGUACACCUAGGAAGUUGCUGUUCGGUAGUGAUUUUUCUGGCUUAGACAGUGCGUGGAUAGCUCUUCAGCGCUUGAAGGUGCCAGCCCAACUGCAAUUCUGCAGUGAUAUCGACCCGGACUGCAAGAACCUGCUGCUUACUUUGCACAAGCCAGCCAGAUUCCAUGACAAUGUGGCCACCCGCAGUCCUGACGAUGAGGCGGCCUGCGAUUGCUAUGUUUUCACUCCUCCAUGCCAAUCCUUUUCUGUGCAAGGGAAACGCCGUGGCCUGAAAGAUCCCCGCGCCGCGGCCAUGAAGGGUUCCUUUCAAUAUAUCAAGAGAAAACACCCGCGAGUAGUACUCUUCGAAAAUGUGAAGGGAAUUACCCACAAAGCUUUUCGUCCAGUUUUGAACGGAAUGCGGGCUGCGCUGAAGAAACUGGGAUAUGUGGUUUGGAUGAAAGUCUUGGACAGCUCCAACUUCCGAGUCGCACAGGUGCGGCGCCGAUUGUUCGUGGUGGGCAUUCUGCGCACUAGUUAUCGUCGCAGAUUCAAAUGGCCUGCCGGGCAGGGGAAAAAGCGUUUAGCUUGUGUCCUGGACCCUCUCAGCCCCACUGACAAAGCUGGCAGGCUUCCGAAGGGGGCCAGGCCUGCCAAGUUGGCUCGGAUCGCAUACCAGGAGUUGACGCAAGGAAAGUUCCUGUUGCCGUAG